CACGCGGCCCAUGGCGAUCCCGCGCCGGCCGGCCGGCCUGGCGGCGCCCGCCGAGAGCGUGCUGCUGCGCCGGCGGUACCAGAUGAGUCGCAGUGCGGCCGCGGCCGAGCUGGUGCUGCGCCACCACUGCAGCUCAGAGGACGAGGACGAGCGCGAGCACCGCCGCCGCUUUGGCGAGGAGCGCGCCGCUGCGUGCGACCAGUCCGAUGGCGACCAGGUGGACGGCGGCGAGGCGGCGCGCCACGGGCACAUCCGGCGCCGCCAGGGCGCCGAGCCGCCGGCCCCAGCUGCCUUCAAUGCCGAGCUGCCGGAGGAGGCGCGUGGCCCGGCGCUGGCGUCCAGCCUGCCCGUGGAGCUGGACGUGGGCCAGGAGCUGCGCCAGCUCGCCGACUCCCUGAGCCUCUCCCGCUCGGCACCCGGCGCGCUGCCGGCCCGACGCCACUACAUCUGGACGCUGAUCGGGCGACCGUUUGAGUUCAGAACGGUCCGAGGGGCGGCGGCCCGGCCGCGGCCCGCCUCUGGCCGUCCGUGAGCCGCCAGCUCGCCGGGCCGGCGACCAGGGAGCGGCUGCAGCACCGACCACUGCCGUGCUCAAUGUCUUGCCGCGCGCGCCCCGCCAGUCAUCAGAUGCACGCGCCGCUCGCUACUUUUGCCAGUGAAGAGACGUUAUGAAUGAUCCUCCACAGUUUCGCUAGGAGGAGCCCAACGCAGGCGUGGUUUUAGGGCUGCCGGUUCAGUGCCUCAGCGCUCCCGGAGAUUACGCUGUGGUCGCCUUGGACAGUUUGAGUUAUAAGUUGGAUCGUUGUGCAGUGUGGCUCUCCCGCGAUCGUUUUGAAUGCUGAAUGAACUACGCAUUUUGGAGCAUGUCCGCAAUUUCAUCGGGUAGCUAACUGAGCUCCUGAGAUCUCACUGGACGAACUAUGGCACACAAUGUGUUUGGUGUAGUUUCUGAAAUAGGUAGAUACCGCCUAGUUGGGGUUUUCAUGCAGUCGCGAUUGUACCGUCAUAGCCUUGAUCGAAUACUAGACUGUUUAAUAUAUCGGUAGCAUCAAAAUUAAGAAUGACUGAUAGAAUACCUCAACGCAACGACUCAAAUGAAUAUGCAAAUAGCGAUGUGAUGUGUUUGUGAUUUAGUUAACAACCCGUGUGGUGGAUAUGACUGUGCUGCUUAUAUCCCCGCCAAUUGUACAUAGCUGGCUGCUCAGUGAGCUGACGCCGGCCGCUAACUGUACAUAGUUUUCCGUCGGCGCCCGCUGGCGCCGUCUGCAGCGGAGCCCGCAGUGUCCGCCUGCCGCGGUUUAGACUUUAGUUGCAUCUGGCGCCGGCCGGAGCCGGUCGCCGCGCCGGCGUGUCGUAGGCCCGGCGCCGCCGCUGCUGGCGCGUCGGCCGGCGUUCGGUGGUCUCAGGUCGCGCUGUGACGGCGAUUUCCCGGGUGCCUUUGUCGCGGUGCCGCUGGACAGUGUCCUGUCCAGCGCGGUACACAGCGGCCCCAGCGCCGCCUCGGAGCGGCCCGGUUCACCGCACAGUCUGUUCAGAUCAUGCGCGGUCCGCGGGUCUCCAGGUCUGAACGUUGGCCGAGUGUCCUUGGCCGUCCGGUCGUCCCCAUACGUGGUUGGACCGCUGGCUCCCUCCGUUUGCGCCGCUGGUUCCCUCCGUGUGCGCCGCUGGUUCCCUCCGUGUGCGCCGCUGGUUCCCUCCGUGUGCGCCGCUGGUUCCCUCCGUGUUGGACCGCUGGCUCCCUCCGUGUUGGACCGCUGGUUCCCUCCGUGUGCGCCGCUGGUUCCCUCCGUGUUGGACCGCUGGCUCCCUCCGUGUUGGACCGCUGGCUCCCUCCGUGUUGGACCGCUGGCUCCCUCCGUGUUGGACCGCUGGCUCCCUCCGUGUGCGCCGCUGGUUCCCUCCGUGUUGGACCGCUGGCUCCCUCCGUGUUGGACCGCUGGCUCCCUCCGUGUUGGACCGCUGGCUCCCUCCGUGUGCGCCGCUGGUUCCCUCCGUGUGCGCCGCUGGUUCCCUCCGUGUUGGACCGCUGGCUCCCUCCGUGUUGGACCGCUGGCUCCCUCCGUGUUGGACCGCUGGCUCCCUCCGUGUGCGCCGCUGGUUCCCUCCGUGUGCGCCCGGCCGGCCGCCGUCAGUCUCGCGGCGCGCGCGCCUCUGCGUGCCGACGGCGGCGGUGCGCCCUCCCAACUGGGACGCCGCCGUGUUACGUUUCACCGAUAUCACCUGUCUAUGCUGUUGGGCUGACCAUACCAUGUUGAUGAAAUAUACUCGAGCUGAGGGACCUCA